AUGGCAGGGGCUUGCCGGCAGCCACUCAAGGCCGCUGCAGACAACAUUGAAACUUCGCCGUCUGACCCUCGGCUAGACAAUUUCAAGAAUGUGGACGACCUUUCCUUCCUCCGUAAUUCGAUACGCGCAUCCUCUAUUGCCAGUGCCGCAUUCCACGAAGAUCCAGUCCAAGUCGUGAACCAUGUGGCGUGGAAGCUUCCCAAAGAGCUCCAGCAGACCAUUCAUGCCGUUGCUGCCAGCCUUUGCAGUCCCAACCUCGACGUCCCGCUCAUAGAAGAAGAUCUGCUAUUCAAUCGAGAGACUUCGUACAACACGACAACAGAGGUGGAAGAUGCCCUAGCCCCAAUAUCCUUCGAUUUACCACUCCCUGUUCUUAAGCAAAUCCUAGAACUGGCACACCGCAUCCAGCUUCUUUCAACUCUCUUCCUAAAUACCUACAUAAAGCGCCUGAACAAUCUUCAGCCGCAACAUCUUGCAAAGCCGGGCUUUGUAUUCAGUUCAUACCCUUUCCGUAAAUAUCCGGAUGGUCGCAAAUAUCAGCCGCCAAAGAGUGGACCAGCGAGCUGGAGCGAGGAGUACAGGGUACUUCGGGCAUUGUGGCGUCUUCAGCUAUUCUGCCUAAUCUCCAAGCCUAACUCAAGAGUGACGAAUCGAUUGAAUGUGGAGGCAUCAUACAUAGAGUGCAGUAUUCCGUAUCGACAGCACGAGCUCUCACGAAUACUCUCUCACUUGACCAAUUGGGAGCUGGAUGAGAUGAUAUGUGUGCACGAAUACCUUGAUGGCGCACGAAUAUCCCUCCGUGCCCCACCUUCAGUCCCCCAUGAGGACCCAAACUGCCACACUCCUACAACUCCCUCAACACCUUCAAGCACCUCAACGAACAAUACUCAACCAAUCUUUCCGAUCGCCAAUGCUCGGCCCUCCUCCAAUCCGACUGGGUUUGGGAGGUUCAAUGACCUGAUUGCCGUAAAGCGAUCCACCGAAGCCUACAAUUUCUUUCACCGCUACGGUCUCCGCCAUCCCACAUCUCCACUACAACGUUCCUGCUGGGAAAACUUUAGGACAUUAGGAUUCGGCAUAUGGGAUCAAGAGAGAUUAUGUCAUAUGGAGAUGUUUAGGAUGCCUGCCGCAUUAAGAGAUCAAAAGCCGCAAGGUGAUCUGAGUAUCGACGAUGUGGGAUUUACGUGGAAAAGCGUAGAGGCUCAGGCCCAAAAAGCACUGGAGGACUUGUACAACGGCAGAGGGAGUAAAAAAGCAAAUGAUGCACCGACGAGCAAAGGAAUUAGUGGGCUGAAAGGCCUCAUGAGGAGCAAGACGAAGGUGAUACCCAACGGCAGCAGUGGAAGUAGCCCAAGAUCGAGUGCCGAGAGCUUUCGGGCGGUUAUAUCGAGAUGA